AUGGCUUACGUCGGUCACACCCCUCCAGGAUGGCUCGGCAACCUGUCGGCGGAGCAGGAAACGAAGCUGCAGCAGAUGUGGAAUAUCGUCCUCGUCCUCUUGGACGCUGCCUCGCUGGGCGCCCCCGAGCAACCGAUUGAGAACCAGAGCGGAGAGGCCGGGAAAUCGCCGUCAACACUGGCCCGCACCGAUACCUUUGUCUCAGCCAGCGGCAAGAGCGCCUUCACGACGCACUUGUCCCAGACCCUCAAAGAAACCGGCCUGACCAGUAACGAGAUCAAGUCGAUCAAGGAGAUUCUGCACGAUACCACGGCGGAGGAGCUGCGGGCCGGCCUGCUGAGCACCGCCAAAAACGAUAACCCAGACGCUUUAUUGCUGCGGUUCCUGCGCGCUCGUAAAUUCGAUGUCGCCAAGUCGUUCGAUAUGAUGCUGCGGUCGAUGUUGUGGCGGAUCAAGCAGGUUUGCGUCGAUGAAAAGGUCCUGCUCAAUACCGAGUUGCACGCUCUCCGGGAGUCCAAGGAUAAGUCGAAACCCCAUGAAGCCAAGGAGGCCGAAGGGUUCUUAUCCCAGAUGCGCAUGGGCAAGUGCUACCAGCACGGCACGGACAAGCAAGGCCGGCCGGUGGGCGUCGUGCGGGUGAAGCUGCACAAGCCUUCGGCUCAGAGCACUGAGGCUAUCAACCGGUUCAUCCUGCACAUCAUCGAGUCUACCCGGUUGCUGCUAGUACCUCCGGUUGACACAGUGACCAUCGUGUUCGAUCUGACCGGGUUCUCCCUAUCUAACAUGGAAUACCCGCCUGUCAAAUUCAUCAUCGAGUGUUUCCAAGACAACUACCCCGAGUGCCUCGGGAAUCUGCUCAUCCACAACGCGCCCUGGAUUUUCUCAGGCAUCUGGAAGAUCAUCAAGGGCUGGAUGGACCCGGUCAUUGUCUCAAAGGUGCACUUCACGAACGGCGCAAAAGAUCUCGCCAAAUUCAUCGACAUGGACAAGAUACCCAAAGAGCUAGGCGGGAACGAAGACUGGACAUAUGAAUACGCCGAGCCCGUCGAGGGUGAAAACGCCUUGAUGGAGGACACAGCUGCCAGAGACGCUCUGCAGGCGGAGCGCGCCAAGAUCGGCGAGGAUCUGCUCCGCGAAACCUCGCAAUGGAUCAAGGCCGGUGGAGAGCAUAACAAAGAAGAAAUAAAGAAUAUUCAGAGCAGGCGCGAUGAUCUCAUCGAACAGCUGCGUCUCAACUACUGGAAGAUCGACCCGUAUACGCGUGGCAGGAACACGCUCGACCGCACAAACGUUAUCCAGGCUGGCGGUAAGAUUGAGUUUUAUCCUAGCGAGGUUGCUGCGCCCGUGGAUGAGCUCAAGAAGCUGGACAUAGAGCAUGUUGAGCGGGAAGAAGUGAAGGUGAAUGCGGUGGCUUAG